CCUCAGAAAAAGAAUUUUCAAACAUCUCUUGAGGUUGCCACUCUCGUCUUCACUUCUUCUCUCCUGUCCAAAAUCCAUAAAGCCAACCUGUUGAAGCAGCUGAUCAGUUGUCGCGGAAGCCCAAAGCCGGCAGCUCUAUCUCAGGAGCUGGGAGCAUUACAAGUUACAACAAUGUUUUUUCAGAGAAUUUCACCAUAAAAGAGGUAAAAGCGCUGAUUUUGAGCUACCCAUUUAGAGUAAUGUUAAGAAGAUCAAAGAACCUUGCAUUUCAUUUCAGCAAAAGCCUGCAAUCUCUUUCUAAAACGCAGUUCUCAGUUUUCUUAUCCGGGUAUUGUUGCAAGACCAACCAGUCGGAAUCUGAAAAUGAAUGGGAGAGAUUGCUCAAACCAUUUGACCUCGAUGAACUUCGAAAAUCAUUCAAUAAGAUAACCCCUUAUCAGCUUUGUAAAUUACUUGUAUUGCCACUUGAUGUUCCGACAUCUUUAAGGUUGUUUCAAUGGACAGGUUCCCAGAAAAGCUAUUGCCAUACAUUUGAUGUGUAUUAUGUUCUUAUUGAUAAACUUGGGGCAGCUAAGGAAUUUAAGGUCAUAGAUAGAUUAUUGAUGCAAAUGAAAGAAGAAGGGGUUGUCUUUAAGGAAUCCCUUUUCAUUUUGAUCAUGAAAUAUUAUGGAACAGCCGGUUUGCCAGGUCAGGCUACUAGGUUGUUAUUGGAUAUGAAGAAUGUUUAUUCUUUUGAACCAACAUUUAGGUCUUACAAUGUUGUCUUAAGUAUUCUGGUGGCUGGGAAUUGUCAUAAAGUUACGCCGAAUGUGUUUUAUGACAUGUUGAAUAAGGGUAUCUCUCCUAAUGUUUAUACGUUUGGUUUGGUAAUGAAAGCCCUUUGUAUUGUUAAUGAAGUGGAUUCUGCUUGCUCGCUGCUUAGAGAUAUGACGAAACAUGGAUGUGUGCCAAAUUCUGUGGUUUACAAUACUUUGAUACAUGCAUUGUCAAAGAGCAACAGAGUUAAUGAGGCAAUGAAACUUUUGGAGGAAAUGUUUCUGAUGGGUUGUACUCCUGAUGUUCAGACUUUUAAUGAUGUUAUCCAUGGCCUCUGCAAGCUUGACUGUAUUCAUGAGGCAGUUAAAGUGGUUGAUCGGAUGCUUCUUCGGGGCUUCAUCCCUGAUGAAUUGACUUAUGGGUUCUUAAUGCAAGGGUUAUGUAAAAGAGGCCAAGUUGAUGAAGCUAGGGCAUUGCUAAACCAAGUUCCCAGCCCAAAUGUUGUUCUCUUCAAUACCUUGAUAAAUGGAUAUGUGGCAAGCGGACAGUUUGAUGAAGCUAAGGCUGUCGUGUAUGAUAGCAUGUUAAGUAUUGGCUGUAAGCCGGAUGUUUUUACAUUUAACAUUCUGAUUCAUGGGCUUUGCAAGAAAGGAUAUUUACGGUCAGCUCUUGAAUUGGUUAAUGAGAUGGAAGACAAGGGAUGCAAACCCAAUGUGAUAACAUACUCAAUUUUGAUUGAUGGGUUAUGCAAGGAAGGCCGAUUAGUGGAAGUUGGUAAUGUUCUAAAUGAAAUGUCUGCAAAAGGAGUCAGCCUAAAUACUGUUGGAUAUAAUACUCUAAUAAGUGCAUUAUGCAAGGUUGGGAAGAUUCAUGAAGCUCAGGAGAUGUUUGCUGAAAUGUCAGGCAAAGGGUGUAAGCCUGAUAUAUUUACAUUUAAUUCACUAAUAUGUGGUUUAUGCAAGGUCAAUCAAAUGGAAGCAGCAUUGGGACUGUAUCACAAUAUGCUUGUUGAGGGUGUUAUUGCCAACAAAGUAACAUACAACACAAUGAUUCUUGCUUUUCUGAGAUGGGGUCAGAUCCAAGAAGCACUUAAGCUUGUAAAUGAAAUGUUAUUUAGAGGAUGUUUUCUUGAUGAGAUCACUUACAAUGGCCUGAUAAAGGCACUUUGCCGAGCUGGGGCAAUUGAUAAAGGCCUCGGGUUGUUUGAAGAAAUGAUAAGGAAGGGACUUGUUCCAAGUAAAAUCUCUUGUAAUAUAUUAAUAGAUGGCUUUUGUAAGGCUGGGAAAGUACAUAAUGCUCUUGAGUUUCUAAGAGAAAUGAUUCAUCGAGGUUUGACACCGGAUGUAGUAACCUAUAACAGUCUGAUAAAUGGUCUAUGCAAAGCUGGACGCAUAAGGGAGGCUUUGAGUCUGUUUGACAGAUUACGAGUUGAAGGAAUUUAUCCUGAUGCUAUUACUUAUAAUACUUUGAUUAGUUGGCACUGCAAAGAGGGCGUGUUUGAUGAGGCCUGUUUACUUCUACAUAGAGGUGUGGAGGAUGGCCUCGUACCCAAUGAUGUGACUUGGUUUAUAUUGGUCAGCAACUGUGUCAAAGAUAGUCAAAGGAAUGAUUUUUAGCUCCAUUUAA